AUGCUGAAAACUAUUAAUCAAUCAAUUCGUACUGGCAUAUCCUUCUCUUCGAAAGGAAUCGUAGCGAGAACACAUGCUACAAGGUUCUAUUCAGUCAAAUUGACCAGUUCCAAAUAUCCUGCUCUUAAGAGAAGCGAGGUUUUCAAACAAUUGAAUUCAGAUGAUCUCAGAUACUUCGAAUCCAUAUUGACAAAGGCAGAAAUUUUAAGACCUUCUGACUCUGAAAAUUUAUCUCUUUAUAAUGAAGACUGGAUGAGAAAAUAUAAAGGUCAAUCAAAAUUGGUUCUAAAGCCUAAAAGUGUUGAAAAGAUAUCGUUAAUUUUAAAAUAUUGCAAUCAAGAAAAAUUAGCAGUUGUGCCUCAGGGGGGCAAUACUGAUCUUGUCGGUGGUUCUGUCCCAGUUUUUGACGAAAUUAUUUUAUCUUUGAAUAAUCUCAAUAAAAUCAGAGAAUUUGAUCCAUUGACAGGAAUUUUCAAAUGUGACGCUGGUGUCAUCCUCGAGAAUGCUAACACUUUCCUUAAUAAACAUGACUACAUGUUCCCACUGGACCUGGGUGCAAAAGGUUCUUGUCAGAUUGGUGGUUGUGUCUCUACUAACGCCGGGGGACUAAGAUUAUUACGUUAUGGUUCAUUGCAUGGUUCAGUUUUAGGUUUAGAAGUCGUCUUACCAAAUGGUGAAAUUGUAAGUAGCAUGCACUCUUUGAGAAAAGAUAAUACAGGGUAUGAUUUGAAACAAUUAUUUAUCGGUGCAGAAGGCACCAUAGGUGUCGUAACUGGAGCGUCAAUCCUGACAGCACCUAAUCCUAAGGCAGUAAAUGUCUCAUUCCUGGCUUUAGAAGAUUUUGACAAGAUUCUAAAACUAUAUGGAAAGGCAAAGAGUGAAUUAUGUGAAAAUUUAUCUGCAUUUGAAUUCAUGGACAAGGAAUCAAUGACACUGACUGAUAUACACUUAAAAGGUGAAUUAGCAUUUCCCCUGGGUGAAAAUGAGCAUCCAUUUUAUAUCCUAAUCGAGGUUUCAGGUUCCAAUAAAUCUCAUAAUGACGCAAAAUUGGAGUCGUUCUUGGAGGGUGCCAUGGAAGAAGAUUUAAUUAUUGAUGGUACAAUAGCUCAAGAUGAAACAGAAUUACAAAACUUAUGGAAGUGGAGAGAAACUGUCCCAGAAUCUUGCUUGUCGCAAGGUGGCGUCUACAAAUAUGAUGUAUCGCUGCCAUUAAAGGAUCUUUACUCACUUGUAGAUGCUACAAAUGCAAGACUCAUUUCUAAAGGCCUAAUGAGUGAGAACCCCAAUGACAAGGACCCUAAUAAACCUGCAAUCGGUGCCACGGGUUAUGGCCACAUCGGCGACGGUAAUUUACAUUUAAAUAUUGCCGUCAACGAAUAUACAAAGGAAAUUGAAGAGGCUUUGGAACCAUUUGUUUAUGAAUUCGUCCAGUCUAAAAAGGGUUCAAUAAGUGCAGAACAUGGAUUAGGGCUCCAGAAGAAAAAUUACGUCAAAUACUCUAGAAGUCCAAUCGAAAUUCAGAUGAUGAAGGAUUUGAAACAUCAUUACGAUCCAAAUGGUAUUAUGAACCCUUACAAAUACAUCUAA